AUGACCAAGGUAAGAAGGACUAUGGUAGUCAUAGAAGAGAUCUCUAAUUUCAAAGAAAAGACAGCAGUAAUAUAUUCACUAUUCUGCUUGAUUUAUUCGCUUUUGCUGAUAUCUCAUUUUUGUGCAUGUUUAUUUCAUUACUUUGCCAUUCUUGAAAUAGAUAAUGGAUACUCACACACUUGGCUGCAUCAGCAAGGAAUAUACGAAUCAGAUGCAUUUGUAAAAUACUUUACUUCGUUGUAUUGGGUAACCAUAACCUCAAUGACUGUGGGAUAUGGAGACAUAGUACCUGUGACAACACCUGAGAAAAUACUUGUAACAUUUAUGACAUUUCUAGUUGUGGGUACAUUUGGAUAUGCCUUGGGAAUGAUUUAGAGCAUAUUCUACAAAUUAGCUGAAUAACAAAAUCUUAAUAAUGCUAAACUUAGAUUAGUGAGCAAUCACAUCAAAUAGAGGGGAUUAAAUACCUAAUUGCAAUUUAGAGUUCGGAAAUAUAUUGAAUAUUAUUUGUAAUUUAAAUAAGAGGAGGAAUUAGAUUUGGAUGAAUUGAUGGGACAAUUGAAUCCAAAAUUAAAAUAGGAAGUUCAAAUAGCAAUGUAUUUCAGUUAUUUCAAGAAAUCGAAAUUGUUAGGUUCAAAUCUUUCAGAUGAAAUACUAAAAAAACUAUGUUAUUGUGUUCAUGAAAGAACCUAUGCCCCUGAAGAAUUUAUAAUCAAGAAGGAUGAUCAUCCUGAGAAACUCUACAUUGUGCUCUCAGGAAAAAUCAAAUCAGUUUUGUUGGAUAGGACAAUCAAAAGAUAUGUAAGUGGUAAAUUAGUUUGUGAAAGAGAAUUCUUCUUUUAGGAUUAGAUGCAAUUUGACAUGGUGGCCUAAACAUUUGUCUAAGUAGCUUAUAUCAAUUAAAAUGAUUUCUUGAAUAUUCUUUAGAAAGACACAAGGCAUAGUAUGAAAAACAACAACAAUCAGAUAAUUUGCGAGGCAUGUUCUAGUCAUCAUCAAUUCAAACAUUGUCCAUUAGUUUUCUUUAGGAAAAAUAAGAAUAAAGUUAUCUCAAUUUACAAUAGCAGUGUUGACCACGAAAGGCAAAUGUAUAUGAGAUAGAGAAAGAAAAGAAGGUUUAAUUCCUAAUUGGUUAAGGAAAGAGCCUUUGAAUAAUUUCUAGAGUAGAACAAAACACUUGCUGUGGUUGACAACAAGCUUCUCAUUAGAUUAGGUUUGCAAAGAAAUGAUGAAGACGAAGCAUCAUAUCCUGAUUAGACUUCAGUUCAUGCUCCUCAGUUAACUCCACAAAAUCAGUUAGAACAAAAAUUCGUUUUUAAGAAUAGGAUUACUAGGCAAGUGAGUCAUCGAUGUUUAUUUGCAGCUACAUCUUCAGGUAAUAAUGCCCAAGAAAAUUAAGAGGACAUUCAAACAUAAAUUUUUAAUUCUGAAACAAAUAUCGAUAAAGUAGAAGAAUACGAUUAUUAUUAUCCUCAUUAUAAUAUUACAAAAGUAAUUAAGUUGAUUAACAAUUAAAAUAUAUAUUCUAAAGUCUUGGAUAAGAUAAGAGGUCAUAAAAAUAGAUUUGCUCAAUAUAUUGCACGGCAGAUUAUGUAUAAAAUUUUAUGA